UGUUGUGUUAGCUAGCUGUUUUAGCUCAUGCAAGGCUACUUCUAAUCCAAGUUCGAUGUACCAAUUUUAGCGUAAAAUGGAUACGUCCACACGGUCGACGUCGUCUAUUAUGCUGGCCAAGCAGCUCGCAGAUUUAAAAAAGCAACCAAUGACUGGAUUUUCAGCUGGUCUUAUAGAUGAUGAUGAUAUCUACAAAUGGACGGUGAUGGUGAUUGGACCUCCCGAAACUUUCUAUGAGGGAGGAUACUUCAAAGCACAUUUAAUUUUUCCAAAGGACUACCCAAAUAAGCCACCUAAAAUGAAGUUUGUCUCCGAGAUUUGGCAUCCGAACAUUGACAAGGAGGGCGAUGUAUGUAUCUCAAUACUCCAUGAACCAGGCGAAGACAAGUGGGGCUACGAGAGGCCUUCAGAACGCUGGUUACCUAUCCACACAGUGGAGACGAUACUCAUCAGUGUUAUUUCAAUGUUAGCAGACCCCAACGACGAAUCACCCGCAAAUGUAGAUGCUGCUAAAGACUGGAGAGAAGAUUACCAAGGGGCCUUCAGGAAGAGGGUGAAAAAGUGUGUGAGAAAAAGUCAGGAUACGUUGUAAAGCUUCAAAAAUCUUUAUAUUUGUGUUUUUCCCAGCCUGAAGGAAUAUGUUAUCUUCAGUGUAUACCAAGGAAAGAGAAACUUUGGAACUACCCUAGAGCCAAAUAAGGUUUGGAAAGGACAUACUAUAGUGAUGUGUUUGGGACUGUCAUGCUGCUAUGAAAGAGAUGUUUUACGAAGUAGCGAUAGACAGAACAUGAAUUAGAUUUCCCCUCAUGGAUACAGCACACAGAAUAUGUAGAAACCUGCUUUCAUCAACUUGAUCACCGCAAGAGGAUACAGAGAGGAAUUUCUGCGCGAAAAAAAUAAAUUUAUACCAGUUAAUACCAACUAGAGUAGGUAUCGAGCCUUACAAGGUAUGAAACCAAUGAGAGGACAGAUCAAAAUGAAUAGAGGUGUGAAUAGUACCAGCUCAGAAAUGAGACUUCACAAGGCGGCAGUUUGGCGACUUAGCAUAUUUUCUUAUGUUUUGAAUUUCCGGAUGUUUUUCUUUUUCAUAGAAAGGGAAAGGAAGAGUAACUGAGAGCCCUUUGACUUCUCGGGAGUACAUUUUUGUUGUGUCCAUCUCCAAUUUAGUCCUGUAAAUACGAUGAUGGAUGAUUUUGAGAAAGAGAAAACGUCUGCCCCCACAUCUGCAAUAUGUUGUCCGAGGCGAAUGCCUUGGACUUGUAGUAUAUAUGUAUUUGAUUCUUGAAUACUUCAUUGUAAAUGAAUUGUAGUGAAUGUUGUGUAUGCUGCAGGCAUGCCAGACCUCUGGAAAAUGGAAUGUUUUUUGGGGGUCUUUGCCAGAACCGUCCAUGUAGUUCAAGCCAAGCCAGGGAAAUCACAAGGUUAACUACCCCCCCCCCCCCCCCCCUCCCUCUCAUGUUUUUUUUUUAAAUAUCUGUUAUUAUUGAGAGACAUUUUAAUGCAUACAAAAAGUGCACUCUUUCUAUCUCUGACUAACGAUUAAUCCUAAAUAAAGUUUUUCUUGUAGAUUCGUUACGGCCAUUAUAGCUUUAUUAGAACCCUGAAAACUCUACUAACAGCUCUUCUGACAGCAUGUUGAAGGUACUAUUCAAUAUUUGUUGAUUUACUGAUUUGUUUGUACAUUGAUGUAAUUUGAAAUGCAGAAAAUGUUUCAAGUAAAAUGGUGGCCAAUUAAUGCGUUCAGAGAAAAAGAAAUUUGUCUUUUUUUUUUUUUUUUUCUGUUUGCCCAAACAGCAUAGAAAACAGGGCAUGCAGAAAAUUUGCCCUUUGAACGAAACAAAAAUCUCAUUUCUUGUUAAAAGUGAUUUUCACUAUACUCUUGUGUUGUGUUUAGUUUACAAUCCUUCAAACUUUAGGCUUAUUUUGUGUCAUGAUAUUUCUUAAUAUUGAAUAAUACCUUUAAAUAUUGCAAGGAAAAGCAAAUGUAAGCAUUGAAUGGUGGAGGUAUAUUGUUGUGUCAUGAAUCGUUCAAGGUUUGGCAGUUACUUACUUAAAGUAAGUAGCCAUUCCCCCAUCCCAAUCUCUCACUCUUUAAUAGCUCUCAAGUCUCAAGUGAUCCUGUAAUUGAUGUGUAUUUAGAAUUUGUGUUUCUUUCACGUUCAGAGGUCAGCGGUCAUCAGAGACUCGUGUAUAAUAAGACAUACUCAGCCGAAUUGUUUCACAUGAAAUGUAAAGACUUGUACAAAGUAAAUCCUUUUCUAUCAAACA